AUAAAAGAUCAUAUUUAAACCUAAAAAGAAAAAAAAAAUCGCUUAAACCACCACUCCUCAGCAGUCAGUUACUUCUCCUAAGUCGUGUUUUUGUGUGACAAUGGCGCCCGAUGCUGCCGCCGCUGCUGGGAAGAAGAGAAAACGCUAUCUUCCUCACAACAAAGCAGUGAAGAAGGGUUCGUAUCCAUUGCAUCCUGGCGUGCAAGGGUUUUUCAUCACUUGUGACGGUGGAAGAGAACAUCAAGCCUCUCGCGAAGCUCUCAAUAUUCUCGAUUCAUUUUAUGAUGAUCUAAUUGACGAUGCUGAACAUCCAACUGUGAAAGGGCUGUCCAAUAGACCUUUAAAUAAAAAGAUUACUUUUGCGGAUUCCGACUCUUCUAGUAGUGAUGAUGAUGAUGAUGAUGAUGAUGAGGAUGAGAAGGAGGAGGUGCAGGUGCAGGAGGGUGGUGAGGAAAAGGAGGACAAAAAGCCUAAACUCGACGUUAGCAAUUUCGACAAUGACAAUACUGACCUUGAGAAUGGAACAGGUGAAAAAUCCGAUCCUCAUAAAGUUGACGAUCUUCAUGCUCAGGCUGGGGAUAAAGCUGAUGGCAAUAAAGAAGACGUUGAUAGUUCAAAGACUAUAACAAAGACAGCUGAUGAGGUACCAGCUGUGAAACAGUGCUGCGAAACAAAUGUGGCAACAAGUGAUUUGGGUGAAAAGAAAGUGGAGGAGAAAUCCAUUGACAAGCUAAUUGAAGAUGAACUUGUAGAACUGAGAGACAAGAAUAAGAAGCGCUUUGCCAAGCUUGAAUCAGGUUGCAAUGGUGUGGUUUUUAUUCAAAUGCGGAAGAAAGAUGGAGACAAAAGCCCCAAGGAUAUCGUUACUCGUAUAGUGACAUCAGCAGCAUUGACUAAGAAACAUAUGUCGAGGUUUAUCUUGAGAAUUUUGCCAAUUGAAGUCUCAUGUUAUGCUUCAAAGGAAGAAAUUUCAAAAGCAAUCCAGCCUCUUGUGGAACAGAACUUUCCUGCGGAAACUGAAACUCCACAAAAGUUUGCUGUGCUGUAUGAAGCCCGGGCAAAUACUGGUGUUGACAGGAUGGAAAUAAUUAAUGCUGUGGCAAAGUCUAUUCCUGCACCUCAUAAAGUUGAUCUCAGUAAUCCUGAUAAAACCAUAAUAGUUGAAAUUGCCAGGACUGUAUGCUUGAUCGGGGUCAUAGAGAAGUACAAGGAACUCUCCAAGUACAAUAUUAGGCAAUUAACAUCGCGAUAAGUAUGAGCUUUCCAGACAGUCUGUAUGCUUGUGGUUGUGGCAAACUUAAUACCUUGACUUAUGUAUACUUGCAGCAAGUCUUAGAUUUAGCAAGUCUUUUAAAUGUAAUUUAGUUCUCACAAACCAAACAAGAGAUCCAUAUGCAGCACAAUACUAUGCAUGAAUUCUGUUUAGAAUAUUAGUUUCGCAUCUUUUAGAA